AUGGAGCCCAUGGCACUGGUCCCCCAGGAUCCCCAUCGCCACCGCGAUGCGUCCCCCCUUGCCGCACCUCGCGCACGCGCGACGCCUGCCGCCGCCGUCGUGGGCUGGAGCCGAGGGCAGCAGCUGACGGAGAGAAGGAAGCGAAGGGGACUCCGGAGCACGCGGUGGCGACUUGGACAAGGACAAGGAGGGAGGCGCCCGGAGCUGAGGGAGGAAGAGGGAGGGAGGCCGGAGGUGGAGGACAAGGCCGGCCGCAGGAGGAGGAGGGCGGGGGAGGUGUGGUCGGAGGUGGAGGACGAGGCCAUCCAUGGGAGGAGGAGGGCGGGCGAGCCGCGGGAGGAGGUCGAGGACGAGGCCGGCCGCGGGAGGAGGAGGAUGGGGGAGGCGUGGCCAGAGGUGGAGGACGAGGCCAGCCGCGGGAGGAGGGCGGGGGUGGCGAGGAGGCUGGCCGCGGGAGGAAAGCAGGAGGAGGGUGGGUGGAUCUGCGGGAGAGGAGCUAUUGGAGAGAUGGGAGUGGCGGCGGAUCUGAGGGAGGGAGAGGGAGGCGUCGGGGGAGGCAGGCGCGACCGGGGGAGGGAGAGGGAGGAGUGA